AUGGCGACCGAAAAGGACACUCCAAAUGUCACAGCUGAAGAGCCUGUCGAGUCUUCUUCCUUCAACUCAGCGGACAGCGCCGUUGUCAACAAUGCUGAUGGCAAACGCCCACCCCCCCUGGUUGCCAAACUGAUGGCAGUUGUGCUCAUUUCUUGCAUCAGUUUUGGCUCUCACUGGAGCAGUGGAGUCACUGGAGCGAUGAAGAGCACCUUGAAAAAGAAAAUGCACAUCACAAAUACUCAGUUUUCUCUCCUGGAAGCCAGUGAGGACUUUAUGGCCACCGCCCUUCUCCUGGUUGGCGGUAUUGUCACCGACAGAGUAGGAGGCGCUCAAAUGAUCGUUUAUGGAAAUAUCGUCUACACGAUUGGAUCCAUCCUAGUAGCUGCUGCAACCACAGUUCGAUCGUUCAAGUUCAUGGUUGGGGGAAGGAUUAUUCUCUCGCUCGGUGAUAUUGCCACCCAAACAGCGCAGUACAAGAUGUUCUCUUCGUGGUUUGCACCCAGCAACGGGUUCGCUUCGACCCUGGGCUUUGAGCUGGCUAUUGGAAAGAUUGGAGGCUUCGUUGGGAAGUCGACAGCAAAUAUCAUCGCUACGAACACCGGCAACUUCGCCUGGUCCUUCUGGAUGUCAGUUUUCAUGAACUUGUUCACGAACGCAGCGACUUGCGUCUUCUGGUUUUUCAACCGUUACUGUGACAAGCACUUCCGGGGUCGCGAGGAUAAGGCCACCGAGGAGGUCCUCACCGAGAAGAACAAAAGGUUCGAGCUUCGCAAGAUGUUCCAGCUGCCAUGGAUGUUUUGGGCCAUUCUGGCCUUUUCCAUGUUCCAGACCAGCACCGCUAGUGUCUUCAGCUCGAACGCCACCGAGUUGGCUGAAAAGAGGUUUAAUGUGGAUGCAAUCACUGCGGGAUGGUAUAGUGCAUUGGCUCAGUAUGCUGGCUUCUUCCUUGUUCCCUGCCUGGGCGUCUUCAUCGAUGUCCUUGGUCAUCGGGCCUCUGUGUUGUGUGUGUGUGGACUUGGGAUCUUCAUCAGUAUGGUGUUGGUAAACUUCGCCACGUCAAAGGAGGGAACCGCCGCGGCAUUCGGAAUAUACGCUGUUGCAGUGUCCCUCGGCCCGACAUCGAUCAUCGAUGGCAUUCGCACAACCCUCUGGCAUCAAUCCGUCUUUGGGUCUGCAUACGCCAUCAAGGUCACCAUGAACAACGCGUACGACCCCCAAAUACAAGCGCUGACCAUGGUUUCCAGGAUGACGAUUAUCAUUGGCAUCAUCACCGGUGCUCUGCAAGACGCCGACGACGAUUCCUAUCGACGAGCCGUGCGGGUGUUUCUGUUCCUGGCCAUCUGUUGCUCGAUCGUAUCGAUCGUUCUUUUGAUCGGCUCGAUAGUCGGCAGAGAUCUGGCACCUUUGCAGUGGACUCGCAAGAAGCGCCUGACGUCGGGGCCCGCAUUCAUUAGUGAGCUUCGGGAGGACCACUUGGUGACACACUACCAGCGGAGCAGGGUCUACAUCUCCAGCUUGCUGGAGAGAGUCACAACAGUGUCAAUGCAUCUUCCACCGGAGAUCAUCCAGCUCAUAAUCGAGUAUACCAUCCCCCCCAAUCCACCUGUGGCUUUCCCUAUGUUUUCCGGCGAGGUCGACACCCUGGUCAGCUUGACGUUUGUUUCCCGGUUUACUCGUCAGAUAGCGAGGCGUCUCUUGACCAACCACUGCCUCUUGAUUGACGAAGAGCGUCUGCUACAAGAGGUGCUCGACUGUCAGCCCCCAGAUCUGGUUAGUUCAAAUUCUGCAGAGCGCGGGGUGCAUAUCCAGAAGAACAUGGCCGCUGGACUGGUGCUGGCGCUGGUGGAUGCGGAGAAGCCCACAGUUGCGAAACAGAUAGACCAGUUGUCCUUCUACCUGUGCCGGCGUCUGACCCGCCUGGUGAUUGAUUUGCCGUUGCGGUUCUACCACCCCCAACUAGAUGACAAGGUCCGUUCGACACUCCGUGAAGCAUUUCUACGCUUGACACAGUUGGAGGAGUUCUGCUCGGCUACGGAUGAUCUCUGCCUGGAUACAAAACGCCUGCCUCUCGUCUGGGAAGUGCCGUCGGCCCAACUGGAGGAAGACGACUAUGAGCCAGCGGUAUGGUCGCUGUGGCCUCGUUUGCGCCGUCUAGCGCUGUGUGAAGUCGAUGUCACGUCCAUGCAGUUCCUCGGGGGUCUUCGUCGGUGUUCCAACUUAACUCACUUAGUUCUGGUGGCGCCUUCAAACUUGGAUCGAGCCACACGAUCUGGUUGGCAAGGGCCCGGAUUUUUACCGUCUCUCGAACGUCUUCUGGUUGUAGAUUCGGCGGAUGAAUUCGAGAUGGUUGGAGGAAAGGACAAUCUGGGGUGGGAGACAGGCUUUGUGCAGCAGUUAUUCCAAUGCCACCAGUCCCGACAGCAGGCUGACCAGGGUGAUCCGAGCAAAGAUGAAAAGGACAUGAGCUUUGAAUCGCUGGUGACUAAGAUCGCCUUUCCGGUGCCUGCUCACAGGAAGGGUGACGAUGACAUUAUUUGUCACGGCUGGCUUCUGGAUGCCAGUAUAGAUGGGACGAUCUGGAAUGAGCCGUACGGGAUUGGUAGACGAUACCUCACCUCCCACGAGGGGAUUUACUAG